ACUCUGUGGUCUAUCAUAAUGAUCAUAACCUUAAUGUGAUUUGUGAUGUGAUUUGUGUUGUGGUUUUGUAAUUUCAAGGAGUCUGAAAAUGUUAUUUGCUGGACGAAAUGAUAAGAUUCACAUUCAGUCAGGUUUAUAAAUAAUUAUUGAAUCUUUAGAAUAAAACUAUCUGCUGUGCAAUCAAGGCUGUUUGUGAGACAAGAAUGACUGCAUAAAAAUGUUUGUUUCACACGACAAAAGCGUUACUAAGAAAAAAAUACAGAAACCAAAUAUAUUAAGAAGGAAACCCAAGGCUAUUGUAUUGAAGUCAACGGCUGAUACGGAAUUUUUGGAUUCCCUAAACGACAAGGACAGUGAAACAACUACGUAUUUUGUUGAAAGUGAUACAAACAUUGAUAAUGAGAGCACCACAAAGAAACUCGUAAAGGGAAAUAAUACAUCAAAAAAGGUUUAUCAAAUUAUCAAUGAUGACAGUAUACUAAGAGAUUACCAAAUAAUUGAAAAUGAAGUAAAUACAAGACCAAAUAAUUUGUUACCUGCAGAAAUAAGUAUUGAGAACAGCAUAUGUAACGAUGAAGACCUUGUACAGUCAUCAUUAAAUAUAGAUUCCUUUUUAAUUGACAAUACCACAAAACAGAAUAUUACUCUGUCUGCCAAUGUUACACCUCUAAAAAACCAAGUUGUUAAAGCAAGUGAUAAAUUAUGUUUCGGUUUUAUUGAUGACUCCAACAGAUUAGUUAUUGAACCAUGUGAUGUAACUCAAGAAGGUUUUUGUUUAGAGCCAAAGUCUGAUGUAGUUAGUACGAUGGUGCCGUUGUCAGCAGUAUCUACUAUACAAGGCACAAUAGACAAUUAUGCACAAAUGCCAACUAUAAUAAAAACCCAUAAGUUUUCUAUAGAAGAUCUUACUCAAAAGUCAGUGCGUUACAAGUGCGAUGAACCAAAUUGUAGCAAGGAGUUCUUAAGUGAGCAAAAACUGGUGAAACACAAAAAUUCUCAUAACAAGGAAUGCAGGGUGCCUCGGCAGACAACAUUGGAGUGUCCUGUGAAGAAAUUGGAUGGUAGCGGGAUAGAGGAGCCAUGUGGGAGAACAUUUCAAGUUAGGGGAGAUCUGAUCAAGCAUUUGAAUGAAGAACAUGCACCAGAGGAUGCAGGCUAUAAAUGCGAGGAGUGCGGGCGCAGCUUCUUCUGGGCGUCCGGACUGCGCGCGCACAGCCGCUCGCACGCGGCGGGCGCCCGCGCGGCGCUGGCGUGCCCGUGGCCCGGCUGCGGCCGCGUGUUCCGUCAGCCGUGCCGCCUGCGCGAGCACAGCCGCGCGCACACCGGCGACAAGCCCUACCACUGCAGCUAUCCCAAUUGCGGUUGGUCGUUCCGCACGGCGAGCAAGCUGCUGCGUCACUCGCGCGGCCACCGGGGCGACCGUCGGCACCCGUGCGCGGCGUGCGGGCGCGCGUUCCUGCGCCGCGAGCACCUGCGCGAGCACAGCGCGCGACACCACGCCGCGCGCAACCAGCCGCACGCCUGCCCGCGACCAGAUUGCAAACAAACAUUUACAAACAUGAGUUCACUCUACACGCAUAUGAAGAAAGUGCACCCUAAAGAAGAUACAAAUGAAAUAGAAGAUCCCGUGCCGGCUGAUAAUGAGCAAAUAUUGAAAAAGCCGACAAAUAUGUUUAUGGUAAAUUUAUGGGAUGGGUCAGCGGUAGAAUUAGUUGAGGAGGGAAAAGAUGAGUCGCAAGAUGUUCUCUUACAGUCUAAUACUAGCAAUGUAGGGAUAGAGUUGGAGAUAGAAAACGCAGUGAACGUAGAUAUGGAGGGAGUUAGAGAUGAGCUGGAGGAAGAGAUAAUGGAAGUGGAGGGAGAAGUAAGGGAGAUGAUGGAUAUGGAGGGAGAAGGACAGUCAGCAAGAACGCAUUGUACCUGGCCACUGACGAAGAGCUAUAAGAGUCCCAAUGAUGGAUACGUACUUGAAGAUGAUGUUCAGGUGGGGCAGUCGGAGGGUUCCGAGAGCAAUAUUUACACGGUGCGCAGCGACUUGUUCCUGCACGGCAGUGUGUUUCAUAGCGAGGAUAGCGAGCAAAUGUGCAGUACGGUGCGUGUAUGCGAGCGUGGUCUGGCCGCACUCGAUGCAGACUUACUACUGGGCGCACCUUCACUUGAUAUCUCGCAGGAGGAGCUUUACACGGACGCAGUUGACGAGUCUUCCUUUAGAGUGUUUCUUUUGAGCGGUGAGGAGUUAAGUUGAACAUAAUCACAUGGGAAUGUAAUAUGUAAUAUAUUAUAUUUAGAUAAUUUUGUCGAUCGCUACGAUGUGAUCGUUUCGGUUCUUUAUUAUAAUUCGUUUUAAUAUCAGAAUAUAAGAUGAAAAUUAUACGCAAUUAAGCUUUACAAGAGUGCAAUGGUAUUUUAUAAUAUUUUGUGCCAAUGGAUGGGGAAUUAAAGAUGGCGACUUAAAAUUAAUGUUGUUCAAAAGAUAUUGUAACACGUGUUCUCAUUGGUUGAUAUAUAAACACGUUUAAGUGUCGUUUAGGUGUUGUUUCAAUUUAUAGAGUAAGCAAGGAAUUUUCGAAGAAUUUAACGAAAUUAAAAAUAAAAUGUAAUGUUCCCGCCAACUUGGUCACAGACUAAUUCCACGUGGCAGAUAAAAAAUAAAGUGUAUGUUACAUUGUUUAUAUGAUAGGUGUGUCGGUAGGUAACGACUUAAAUGUUAACCGUUGUCAAUAAAAUCGAUUUUAAGUAGUGGCAAUUAGCAUGUCAUCUCACUCGCACAUUAGUGAUCAACAGUUUUCUAUCUCGCUCACACUCAUGUGUUGAAUGGAAUUGGAAUAGGAAUUGUACUUUAUUGACGCGGUUUUUAGUGCGAGUUUGUAGUUUGAUUGUAUACUUGUAGUUUGUUGCUAGUUUAGAUUGUAGCGUGACAAAAUGGCAUUAUUGAUGGCCCGAAUAUAGAUCUCAUGUAGUGGAGUCGGAUAUAUAGUUUUUAUUUGUUAUGGUUUAUGGCGACACAUGUCAAAUUUGCAUGAAACUGACGUAGAAUAUGUAGGAUCUUUCUUUAAAAGACUUGAAAAAUUUAACAACGUUUGUCUGUUUCACUCAUAAAAGAUUUGACUUAAGACAGAAUGUGACAAAUUUUUAUCUUAGAACUUAAUAACUUACUAUAAAACUUGUGUGUUGCCAGAUACCACUUUUUGAGACUUGGUAGUUGGUGUAUGCAGUAUGACAUAAAAUGUAUCGAGUUUUAAUAUCUCAGUAAGUAAAAAUAUCGCAUAAAUAUUCGUUUCUUGAAAUAUAGGAACCAAAUAAUUUGCCAACGUGAUGUUGGUAAUUUAGGGUUUAUGGUGAUGGUAAGUUGUAACUGCAGUUAUUUCACGAGUUAGCGGUAAAUAGUAAUAAUAAUAUAUCAAAUGAUAAUUUUAUAUCGACCACAAAUAACAACGUAGAUUUUUUUCUUCAAUUAAUGACUUCUGUGUUCUUAGUACUUUAUACAUAGAUUAGAAAAAGUAGCGUUCAAAUUAAAACAUUAUCUUAUCGUAAUUUGGUUGUUAAAUGUUAAGGUGUCGUGAUCACUUCUCGUGUUGCUAGCUGUAAGUUAAUUGUUAACUAGGUGUGUAAAGGCGGUUAAAAACAGAUUGAACGGUAUUUGAGGGUAGACAAAGAUUUUCGCUGUUGAAAACAGUUUUAUGCAUACCACAAGGUUUUGGACCAGUUGUUUACGUCCUAUUUAAAUACGUAAGAAUACGUUUUAAUAUUAGCAAAAUUUAUACAAAAGCAAAUUCGGAAUUAAAUUUUUGGCGUGCAAUAUUAAAAUAAUGCUUAGUUCGAUUGUUUACCAGUCAAUUGAUUUUCGACUGCAUUUAAAGGCAAUAAUGGAACAAGUAUGGAUUUUGAGCAAAGGUAGGUUUUUUUAGUGCAUAAAUAAAGAUAUUUCCAUUGCUCAAUUCGGCGAAUGAUUUAUCUAGAUUCUAGAAUGAGGUCUUGUUGAUAGCGGCCGACAUAUUAUGAUCUCUGAUGCCUUUUAACUUUACGAGGAGAUGUAUUGUGUAGAUAAACGUCUAUGUGUGUGAUAACUUAAUGUUUAAUGUACAAUUUUAUAUGUGUAAGUAAUAGCUUCAAUUAGAUGGUAGAUUGUAAAUCGAUUGCUAUGAAUUAACAUUCGAAUAAUUAUUAAAUUUAUUGUGCAAUAUGAUAUCACGUCUGUGUUGUCUGUAUGUUGGUUGUGCUAUUGGGACUUUAUAUGUGUCAAAAGAAAUUUCCUAGUGUAAAUAUUUAAAGUGAUUUUGUAUUUUAAAUUGUCUGAUGUUUAACUGUUUUAUGUUCUCAAUUUACUCAAAAGAAGGGCGCGUCAUUUUUAUUGAACUAAAAUCUAUCUCUGAAGUUCGUAGUCCCAAGUACCUACUUCUUUCCUUCACAAUGACAUGGUUAAUAAUUAAUAUUUUAUUACAUAAUUUCUACGCCACAAUUAUAAUAUAAAAUAUUUUCAUUUAGAUUCGAUAUUUAUAUAUAAUAAAAAAUGCUGCUCAAAUUGAAGUCGUUUACUGCAAUAUGAUUUUUAGCAAUCGGUUUAUAUAUUGAUAUUUUUUACUGAUGUAGUGUUUAAUUAUACUGUACAUAAGAAAAUAUAUUUUUGGAGAUGUAAACGUAUAAGAUUGCUUAUUUUUCGAGACUGUUGUCCAAAAAUCAUUCUGUUAAAAUUAUUAUGUAAUAAGGUUAAUGUUUUAUAUACUCUUUGUUUGCGGUUGAGAUUGCUAGCUAAUAUAUUUAUUAUUUAUAAUUUAGCUUAUUUAAGUAUCGAUAUGAAUUAAUUCUGCAACGAACAAGUACUCGUUUAAUAUUGGUUAAGGCAUAACUUACUAAAAUAGUUAAUUUUUCAAAAAAAUUCUGUAUUUAUUUUGAAGCGGGAGGUAUUAAAAUUUCAUGGAAGCCUUGAUUUUAUUUUAUUGUGUACUAAAAGUAUGAACUAUGUCUAUAUUGCUAAGAUUACAUACAUUUUGUCAUUUAUUUGCAUGAUGAAAAUAAUUUGUGAUUGGAUAUAAAUGUUUGCCGUACAGUAAUCGAGACCGCUUCGGAGUGUUAUGUAAAUUCUAAAUUAUAUUUAUACAUUGUUUAUUGUUUAAGUUGUUAUUGUAUAUUUGUUUAUUAUACUCUGCUUAUUUUGUAAUCACGCGUUCGCACAGUACAGACACUAAGUCAGACUUUGUUAAUUAAUUAAUCACAUAUCAUAUUUAGUCUUGUUAUUAUUGUAUUGUAAUUGGUUGCUUUGUGUUUAAUGCAGAUUUUGCUAUAGGAAUAAAUGUUUUUCAUAAUCUA